UUACAGGGGGGACCACCCCUCCUUCCCGUCCUGGAGGCGGGGGCAGGCGCGACUGGGAUGCGCCGGGCCGGCGGGACAAACUGUUGCAGCUUCAAAAGCCCAGCCGUCCAGCCGAAGGGAAUCCCCAAAGCCCCGCAGCUCGGCUCUAGAAGGAAAGACGCGCCGUCCAGGAACAUGCCCCUUCGACUGAGACAAAUCACGCGGGUUCCAACGCUGUCCUUAAUUCUCAUCACUGGAUUUGGAUUUGUGGGCGGUUUUUAUAUCCUUGCAAGGAAGACCUUCUUUAUUCCUGAAGUGAGCUGGGAGAAGACAAACCAAGAAUCAUGGAAUAAUCGAGGGCCCAGUGACCAGUACAAGUUAUUUGCCAUGACUAUGGACUCCAAAGACCCGAAGAAGGAUCGUCCAGACUGCUGAAACUGUUCACGUUGAGUCAGUUCCCUAUUCCUGCCAUGUUGAAGGAAAGUUACUGGACUUGUCAUUGGCACAGCCACAUCUUCUGCCCUCUUGUCAGGCAGAACAUGUCAGCCUUCCAAGCGUUCUCGAUUAAGCUUCUGCCUAAGCCAAGAUAACUUUGCAGCUGUUCUUCCCUGCCUCUGCAGUUUGCUGGUGUCAACCGCAAAGAUCACCAAUCAACAUCUGCAGCUCAUCCACCAGAAUCAAAAGUGCACAGUGACCCAUUCUACCUCUGGGAAAUGCCCCUAAAUAUUGAGCUGACAAACAACUUGUUUAUUUAAAAAAAAAAAAAAAACAGGAGGGCAGGAGGGGGGAAGAGAGGGAGAGACAAUGUGACACAAAGCACAUUCUUUGUGAUCCCAUUUGUGCAAACUUCUUGGUUCAGUAUUUUUCCUUCCCUUCCUACAAAUAUUCUUGACCUUGAUGUGUGGUGUUUCCUGCCUCCCACGCUCAGUUUUACCAUUCCCACAGAGACAGGACAGUCCCAGCACCUAGAUCAGUGAUGGCGAACCUUUUGAGUAUGGUGUGUCCAAAAUUUGAAAAAUGCCUAAUUUGACUCACUAUCCCCCCCCCAGAUAAAAGAAAAGCAAUGCUUUACAUAUUCAUUUGUUUAAAAACAUACAGUCGAAUCAUGUGUGUGGUUCCCAGGAUCUGCUGCACACUACUUACCCUCAGGUUGUGUUCUCUUUCUAUUGACAGGCCUCGGCGGCAGUUCCGGGUUGCAUAAGGCCUUCAUUCUCGAAGUGGCUUAGGAGAAGGCUUUUCCAUGGCCUCUGCAGCCUCCAAAAAACACACAAAAGCAUACCUCAUUUUUGUAUGAUUUUCAGAGGUUCUGGAGGCUGCAGAAGUCCACAGUCCUUUCAAGUGACUUCUGGAGGGUCCAGAGGCCUCCAAAACAUGUGCAAGAAUAGGAUGUGUUUUAAGAAUAUAGCCAGGUGUUGGUGAAUGUUGGCAUGUCACCCAAAACAUGGUGUGUCACUCUUGACAUGUGUGUCAUAGGUUCACCAUCAUUGACCUAGAUAUUGGAACUAAUAAUGUUGGUUGAAUUCUUGGAGAGGACACUGCCCAUCACCAAUUCUGAAAGGAGUCCCAGGUGAUCCAGUUUAGUCUGCAAAUGUAUCACAUUUUCACAGAACUUAUCUGGGCCUCAUUAGGAGUUCAACAUAAAUUUGUAUGAGAUGGGUUUGAAUAUUAGUAGCUCGGGUUGGUAGUUGGGCUGCUGGUUUGAUCUCCGAGCUUGGCAACUUGGCUGCAAAGGUUUUGUCUCCAUUCAGGGGGACACCUUCAGUGCACUUUGAAUUGUGCUCAUCUGUCAGAGCACUGGCCCUUUAAAUACCUUUUGUAUCCUCUGUCAUGAGAAGUAUUGCAUAGGCAUCCACAUUACUCGUGCACUUCUAUAUUUUUUGCAUACUGCUAAACUGUCUCAAAAAGAGUUGAAAGUGGUUUGAGACAGGUAUUGCAUCUGUUAACAGACAUAACACCAGCUAGUUCUCUUUUGUCUCACGCUCUUGCCUCACAGGCUCUCUGGGAAGAACAUGAGAAAACCUGCAAGACCAUUUUCUCAGAAGCAACAUGAGGUGUGGAUAUGCAGACCGUAACAACCCAGAGACACUGGGAGUCAUAAUAAUUGCAUGAUUCUCUUUCAAACCAAUCUUCACCUUUGGGUAAAUUGUAUCUUGCAAUAGUGGCGAAUCUCUGUAGCUCGGGUGUAGGAUGAAGGUGAAGAUUUGUCCUCCCAGCUCAUGGGUUGGUUUCUGAACGUUUCGUUACCAGGCUAGGUAAUCUCUUCAGCAGAGUUUAGGGCAGCGGUUCUCAACCUGUGGGUCAGGACCCCAUUUGGGGUCG